UCGACUCUGUAGCAUACUUUCAUACAUAUUUGGGGUAGAAUUCCAACCGAUGUCUCAAAAUUCGUCAUUCUUCAAAUAGUUCUUGUGUAAAUAUGGAUUUACAUUCAACAGGAUUGGAAGCACGUCUGAUAGAAUCGAGUGGAGGGCCGAUGCAGCCCCCUACUGGCGGGGAUCUGGUGACGCUUGGCCCCCCGUCCGCCGGCGCCAUCUCUCGAACGGAUGUAAACCAAAACGGGAACAGCGCCGACGGAAGUACCCGAUCAAAUAGCAAUUCGCCGGACCCAGCAGCAACGGGGAACGGAGAUUUACCUGGUGAAAAGAACUUAACGUUUUCACCGGAACAAGUUGCAUGUGUUUGUGAAGCUCUUCAGCAGAAGGGCGACAUUGACCGCCUUGCGCGGUUCUUAUGGUCCCUUCCGCCUAGUGAGCUCCUUAGGGGAAGCGAGGCUGUCCUUAAGGCGCGGGCGACGGUCGCCUUCCAUAGGGGAAGCUACCGUGAACUAUACGCCAUUCUAGAAAGUCACACAUUUGAAAGUUGCAAUCAUACAUUCUUACAAAAUUUAUGGUACAAAGCUCACUAUAUGGAGGCGCAAAAAAUACGCGGCCGCCCACUCGGUGCCGUCGAUAAAUACAGACUACGACGUAAAUACCCUCUUCCAAAGACAAUAUGGGAUGGCGAAGAAACUGUGUAUUGUUUUAAGGAAAAAUCCCGACAGGCCCUGAAAGACUGUUACAAAGCGAACAGGUAUCCCACGCCCGACGAAAAACGUAGCUUGGCCAAGAAAACGGGUCUGACGUUAACGCAGGUUAGCAACUGGUUCAAGAACAGACGUCAACGUGAUAGGACGCCAACGCAACAACAUGGGUUCGUUAACAGAGAACUGAUGGAGGAACAAUUUCAACAGCAGAUGCAUCAUCAUCACCACCAGGGAUAUCCCGGGGGUCCACCAGCAAUGAUGACGUCACACGGUCACCAUGACUACAGAAACGACAUCGACGUAAAAAUGAUUGACGAUAUGCGCAUGAAUAUGGGAAUGGUAAAAAGUGAACCUUUAGCGCCACAUUACCCAUUUGCUCAACCAAUGGACCACAGAAUUCACUAUUCCGUGCCCGCCGUCUGAUAUCGAAGUGGCGUCUGCGUAAAUCGUUGCGCGACUGUACGAGUGACUUCAAAAUUGACUCAGUGAAGAUGAGAUCGCCCCUUACAUGUCUGCCUUGACUCAGUUUGGUUGAUAUCAUCCUUUGCAUGGGGCAAUCGUCGUCUGCCUUGACUCAAUUAAGUUUGAGAUCGCCCUUUGCAUGGAAAAUUUUGUCGUCUGCCUUUGCUCAUCUAGGUUGUUUCCCCUUAAAUGGAGCAAUCUGGGUCAAAGGUCAAGGACUUGCUUGAUGUCUCGAGAAAAAUUGAGUCAAAAAAACUUUACGGCGCCUUUUGGAUUUAUCAGUAUUCCGUGAGAAUAGGACACCCGAAAACGGUGAUUUUAACAUAUCCAGUUGUUUGACGUCAUAUUUAUAUAAGUGACGUCAAUGUGGUUUAUUGUCAAAACAAUGUUCAUGAUUUCAACCCGAUCGAUUUCAUAAAUCGGAUACAAUCGAGGUGUGCAACUCAUGACCAAAUGAUAAAACAUACAUAUGUAUACAUGUUAUUGCAUGUUUGACAAAUUUGGAUCAAAAUCCUGCUGCCAGUUAAAUAGAGUGUCGUCUGUUCGAUUUACUUGUGUCGUAUUGUGAUACGUCAUUGUAAUUACGUCAUAAGAGGGACGGCGAAACACGACGAGUACGGGUGCAUGUGCGUGUAGCUACAAGAACAUAUUUGAGGUCGUCUGCGCAAAUGAGUCCUUAUUAGACAUUCACUUUAAUAACAACACCAACAAAAAUAAUCAAAAGAUAGGAUUACAUAACAACAUAGGCUUAUGACAAUUUGUUUAAUUAAAUUGAGGAACUUUUUCGACAAUAUGUUCAGUCAGCUAAUGCCUUUUUAUGAGGCACGAUACCUCGAAAUAUGAAAACGUCACAAUUUCCUACACAGAACUCCUUUUCACUAAUGACGUCACAUAGCAAUUGAGUUUAAAAGUCGUUUUUGAAAUUCACUUGUGUGUAUUUGCAGGUUCGCUUUUACUCGCUAAAAACACUUUCGAUUUGCUAUCGUACAUCAUUCUAAACAUGUACAAUGUACACAUGCCUGGAUGACGUAGUACACAAAAUCAUUCUAAACUUGUAUAAUGUACACAUACUUGGACGACGUAGUACACACAAUCAUUCUAAACUUGUAAAAUGAACAGAUACCUCGAUGACGUAGUACACAAAAAUCAUUCUAAACUUGUACACAUAACUGGAUGACGUAGUACACGAAAAGAAGUCCACACUUACACGUACCCGUACAAGUAGUGUUUCGCAACCUCUCUACCAUCUGUAUGUAUUUUAACAUUCAAAAUGGGGCAAUCGCAUCAUCGAUAUCGUAAGUUGAAGUAUUUUAUAUAUAUAUAAUGAUCUGAUCAAGUUUCACAAGAAAAAAUAAAUGACUUGUUUGCAAAAUCCAAUCAAUCUCAAUGAUAAGUAAUAAAUAGAAUAAUUAUCCAAAAAUAUAAAAUCGUAAAAAAUGGUCGCUCGUAUGCCUUCGUAAGUCAAAAUCAUCAUCAUUGUCACUCUAUGUAUUUGAUACGUUUUUCAUAAUUGUUUAUAUUUGUGAAAUGCAUAAAAUCGUAUUGAGAGAAUUAAGUUAUUUCAACUAUUACUAGAUAUAUCACACGUUCUUCAAAAUGCCUUAUUUUUAUUGUUGCAAUUAUGAAUUAUGUUUUUUUUUUUAAAAAGCAUUGAAAUGAAUAAAUAUUUUAUGGCUUAUUUUUACUUCUUGGUUGAACUGCUCAUUUCUAAACAAUUUUAAAAUAGCAAGUUUGUUUUUACAGUAUUGUAUUUUGAUUUUAGUUUCGAAUAUUUUCAUAGCUUUCAUUUUCACCUGUUUGUCUCAUUUGAUAUACUUCAGAACACAUUAUAAUGUGAAUAUAGAAAAACAAUAAAAUGUACAUGUAAAUUAUUUUGUUAUGUCGAAUCAUUUUGUCAAUUGAUAUAUUUAACAUGAUAUAAACGUCAAAAAUUU